UUUCAAGCGCUUGUUUACAUGACUGUAACAAGCGUUUUGUGAAUGGUUAAAACAUGUGUUCCAAAAUGUAAACAUAACUAAAGAGAAUGUUUUCGUCAUUGUUCUUUGAGGUGGCGACAUGCAAUGCCUGAAGAAUAACAGAUGUGGUGCUUUCAGGCCUGAGAGGUUGAAGUUUAAACCUUCCUAAACAACAAAAUUAAUUUAUAGUUUACAUUAUCAAUUAACGCAUAUCAAGUUGAAAAAUGCUGGCAGUAAGUUCAAUUGUGCAGAAUCUGCUGAGAACACGAUGUUUGGCAUCAUUUAACGUGUUUGAGCACCGACAUUUAUCAAAACAUGUGAAAACUGUUGGACAAAGCAAGAGGAAAACAAUCGUUUUUGAGCUUCCCGGUUCACAAUAUUCACCUCACCGUCAUUCAAGGAAAGGACAAUCAAAACCUGUGAAAACUGUUGGACACAGCAAGAGGAAAACCAUUGUAUAUGAGCAACCCAGUAUUGUGCCACCCCCCACUGCCAAGGAGCUGUUCAAGCCCAUGGCGGUCGAGCCCAGGAGGGAAGAUGCUGACAACCUUGGAGAGGAGAUUGUUGGUGCACUAUCAAAGGGAAGUAUUGCCAAGAUCUUAGUGAACUUUGCUAAGGACAAAUCAGUGGAAACUCUGGCACAGACCAACAAAGUCACUGGUGACCUGUACCAGCAGUGCCUUGAGAGUUUCACCAAGUACUGUCUGGUGUCCAAGCCUCUCUCUGUCACACUGCACAUUGUCUUCAAGGAUAUCGAGGCAGGCGCAGGCCAUGUUACGGACCUAUUCCCAUUCUUCCUGGACCACGCCAAGCAGGUGUUCCCUCAUAUCGAGUGCAUGGACGAACUUCGACAGAUCAGCAACCUCUCUGACCCCACGACAUGGUAUCCCCUUGCUCGUAGCAUGAAGCGUAAGAUUGUUUUCCACGCUGGGCCGACUAACAGCGGGAAGACAUACCAUGCCAUGAAGAGUUUCCUUGAGGCCGAGAGUGGCGUGUACUGUGGGCCUCUGAGACUGCUAGCCAUGGAGGUGUAUGACAAGUCUAAUGCACAGGGUGUACCAUGUGACCUGAAGACUGGGGAGACCAGAAAGUUUGCCAACGAUGAUGACAGCCCGUCCAAUCACAUGGCAUGCACAGUGGAGAUGCUGAACACAAAUCUGGAAUACGGCGUGGCGGUGAUAGACGAGAUACAGAUGAUAGGUGACCUCCAGCGAGGCUGGUCGUGGACGCAGGCAUUGCUGGGUCUAGCUGCCCGCGAGUUGCACGUAUGUGGGGAGGAGACCGCCAUAGAUCUUGUGGAACACCUUGCCUACAUGUGCGGGGACUCUUUCGAGGUCAAGCGUUAUUCUCGACUAACAAAGCUCGAGUACUUGGACAAAGAACUGGGAAGCCUGGACAAUGUACGUGCUGGUGACUGUAUUGUCUGCUUCAGUAAGCGUGACAUCUUCAAUAUCAUGACCCAGCUACGAGAGAGAAACAUCAACGUGUCUGUCAUAUAUGGAAACCAACCGCCAGGCACGAAAAUAAACCAGUCUCGACAAUUUAAUGACCCAAAUAGCAAUUGCAACGUUCUCGUUGCUACAGACGCCAUCGGGAUGGGACUCAAUCUUGCCAUCAAGAGAAUUAUAUUCUACAACAUCAACAAGACAACUCUGCGUCACGACGGCGUGAAGAUCAGAGCCCCGCUGAGUACGUCCCAGGCGCUCCAGAUUUCUGGUCGAGCAGGACGGUUCAAAACGCGCUUUGAGGAUGGUGAGGUCACAACAUACACUAAACGGGACCUGGUCCAAUUAAAGCGCAUUGUUAGUCUGCCACGAGAAAAUAUCGAGAAAGCGGGUCUGAAUGCCACAGUGGAUAUGAUAGAGCUGUUUUCUUACCACCUGCCCAAUGCAACCUUGUCCAACCUUCUGGAUAUAUUCAAGCAUGUUUGCACGGUUACAGACCACUUUUUCAUGUGCAACGUCACGGACAUUAAGACACUUGCAGAGCUCUUAGAAGAUGUGCCCCUGAAUCUGAGGUCAAAGUUCACGUUUUGUGUGGCCCCUUUAAAGGUUAGGGAGGGGCUUCCAAGGAUUAUGUUCAAAAGGAUGGCCAAGAGAAUCAGUGAAGGUCAUUCCCUGACUUAUGACUGGUUGUGUCGUGCCCUGGGGGCUCCCUUCCAUAUGCCCCGCAACCAGACAGAGCUGACAGAGCUGGAGGCUGCAUUUAACGUCAUUGACAUCUACCUCUGGCUUAGUUUCCGUUUCGAGAUGUUUGAUGACAUAGCUCAGGUACAAGAUCUCCGAGUGGAGCUGGAUACAAUCAUACAGGCUUACAUGAAGUCACUCAACACAGGUCAACAAGGUCAACAGCCUGAACUCUCAUAUGAAGUCUCCCAGCAGAACCCACUCCAAGCAUACAAGUUUAACCCAAAGAAAACUGGCGGAAAACAGAAGGAAAGUAAAGAAAUGAGCGACACACAAACACUUAGCAGCAAAGUCCAAAUACAGUCUAUUAAGCCAGAAGCUUACAUGAAGUCACUCAACACAGGUCAACAAGGUCAACAGCCUGAACUCUCAUAUGAAGUCUCCCAGCAGAACCCACUCCAAGUAUACAAGUUUAACACAAAGAAAACUGGCGGAAAACAGAAGGAAAGUAAAGAAACGAACAAUCAGACUAAUGGUUUGAUACAAAGUGUGCCGAAUUUCGAUAGUUCUUACACAAGGGAGUAUUUGUUUUCAGAUCCAAGUAGUAUGAAAAAACAAAGCGACCCACAAAAACUUAGCAGCAAAGUCCAAAUACAGUCUAUUAAGCCAGAAGCAUCCCACCCUAAACGUCUCAGUGCGUUUGACAACCAGUGGAAACAGAAUGCAGGCAACCAGAAAGACAUCGGGGAUGACGGUAUAAUUGAUAUAGCUUCUUCAUCUAGACAGGCCAUCAUUGAGCCUUUGAGACUUACCACUUACAAGAACUCGAUGAAAACUCCUGCAAGCUCUCAGCCAAGGUCAGAAGAGGAACCCAGCCUUAAGACAGCCCCUAAAGAGAAGCCCCGUAAGAAGGUGACCCCCAGGGAAGAUGGGGCCAGAACCCCUGAUGUGGCGCUGGCCCCAGAAAGGGUGCUUACCCCUAUAAAGAAGAAGGCCAAAUCUCCUGAGACCUCCACUGUACAGAUUGAAGAUGAAACUGCCACGCCUGCUAAAUCAAAGAAAAAGAAGGCCAAAGGUUGUGCAACAGAAGAUGAGGGUGUUCUUUCACCCAAGCAGGAGCCAGUCAAGUCACCAAAAGGCAAAAAGGGGACGAAAAAGGAAAUGGAAGGCGAGACGGAAGAUGAAUCAGCAUUGUCCCCAUCAGAAGAACCUAUGUCCCCUAAAGGGAAGAAGAAGAAAGGGACAGAAGGGAAAAAUGAGGAAGCAGGCCCAUCAGGGAAGGGCACUCAGGUUGUUAAGAAAGGGGCAAAGGUCAAGAAAGGACAGGCUUUGACAUGCGGGGAAGGUUUGUCGCCUUCUGAGGAGGCCCUAGGUGGAGAGAAAAAGACGAAGAAAAUGAAGAAGAAAGCUGUAAAGGAUGAGGAGACUGAUGAGAAAGAUGAGGAAGAGACGGAGGCUCCAAAACCCAAAGAAAGAAAAAAGAAAGCAAAGAAAGCUCUGCUCCAUCAGAACAGCUUCCGGAAAAAAACAAUAAAAAAAAUAAUAAAAAAGUAAUAAAAAAAGGAGGUAGAAGUCACAAAUGAUAGUGAGGAUCUCUUUGAAAGUCCCACUGAAGACACUCCUAAUGUCAUAAACUUCUGGGCAGAGCGUCCAAAGGCGCCAGAUGAUCCAUCGACAGAUAUGGGUUUAGUUCACACAGAAACAACAGGCACACUUAAAGAUGUCGCUUACGAAGAGAUCAAAUUUUCAGCAGGAGACUCUGUUGAGAUUUCAGGUGACUUGGGUAAAGAGGUUGUUAAUCAGGAAGUAACUUUUGAUAAGGAGUUGGAAGAGGAAAUUGCAAAAAGCCUGAAAAUGCAGAUGAAACGUACGAUUUACAAGCCGUUGGAAAAAGAAUAUGCCCGUCUGGAACGGAUUGAAAACAUUGACAUUGCUAAAGAUUUUGAGAGUGCUGUAAAGGAGAAGGAAAAGGCUCACAAGUUUGUUGGGAAAAUGCAAGAUACAGUAGAGGUUUACGGGAAGCUUACAAGAAGGCUGCUGAAGGAAAAGAUGCUGUCGGAGAGGAUUUUGAAACAGCUGGAAACAGAGUGGGAGGAGAGAAGGAAGGGGGGACAGCAGAGCUGAUAUGAACUUGUGUCUGUUAGAACAAAUGAGCCUCCCUAUGAGAAAACAGGGCGUAAUGCAUGUGUGUAAAAUGUACUCCCAGAUUGGCCUUUGUAGUCUGUAAUCAGGGAUGAUACUUUUGGCAUAGGGUUUAGUUUAAAAGAGACUUCCUGUAAACUGGAAAAACCAUUUAAUUAUAAAGGUUCGUCCCUGAUUAGCCUGUGUGGACUGUCUCAUAUGGGAAGACACUAUGCAUAUGCAUUAAACAACAUUUUCCCAGGUAAAUAAUUGAUUACUACCUGUUAUAUAAACGUUAUCAUUAUUCGUUUACUUUUCAUAGCACUCAUUGCUGUAAUGUUGAGACUUCUUUGAGCAGUUUCCACAUUUUGAUUGUUCAUAAACCAAAGAAAUGUGAAACCAAAUCAUGUUUUGUUUUUACAUGUUUUGCAUCAUCGCGGUAAAUGACUGAUGAGCAAAUCAUACAAUUUAUAAACAGAAUGUUAGUUUAAUUUAGUACUUACUAUAUUUGUUGUUUAAUGCGCCGCAGUAGGUGUCAACUUAGGUUUUUAUUGCAUUGCGCCCGGUUUCGUGGACUGGACAACCGUUUUUCAAACAAAUCGAUGCUGUUCAUGUGACUUGCAUGUUCCAAAAUAGGCGACCUGACACUUAAAAACUUAAAAGUGACGAUUGGCAUGGAAUUGUUCAAUCAAAAGUACACUCGCCCCGCUCUGUUGCUGUAUUCCAAUAAACUCUUGAUAAUAAAUGUAAUUAAAGCAAUAAAAAGCGGUUCAAAUAUU